AUGGAAGACUUGAAAGCACUGACCAGUCAGAGCAGAGUGGGAGGGGCUCUUGAAGGGGCUCUUUGCGAAAUUGAGGGCAUGGUUCUGAACGUGGAGGUGAUCCAGGCGGUGUUUUUUGGAGUGUGCGUCCUGAUCGAUGUGUCCAGUCUGCUGACUAAGGGAGGUGACAGCAGGGAGCAGGAGCGGCAGCUGAGGAAACUGAUUGGCCUGAGGGACUGGAUGAUGGCUGUACUGGCCUUCCCUGUCGGAGCGUUUGUGGUGUUCACAUUCUGGAGUCUCUACCUGUACGACAGAGACCUGGUCUACCCCAGACUACUGGACAACUUCAUCCCUCAGUGGCUCAACCAUGGCAUGCACACCACUGUUCUUCCCUUCAUCAUCAUCGAGAUGCGGACCACCCACCAUCGGUACCCCAGCAGGUCGUGGGGUCUGGCGGCUGUGUGCUGUUUUGGCGUGGGAUACAUCCUCUGGACGUGUUGGGUGCACCAGGUGACAGGUGUGUGGGUGUACCCGGUGCUGGAGCGCAUCACUCCGCUGGCUCGAGUCGUCUUCUUCAGCGCCAUGACCGCGGUGAUUUGUAUUUUCUACACCCUUGGAGAAAUCCUCAACAGCUACAUCUGGGACCAGCCACAGACAGAAAAGAUCAAAGGUGAGUGAUCUUCCUUCCACUGUGCGGGCAUCGAAGUCUGCCUCAGUCGGACAGAAGAGGACGAGUCGUGCCCCGCCCACCCAGGACAGCACAAGAACAGAAAACAGGCGACCUCUCUGGAAAAGACCAUUUACCAUCGAACUGUACUCAACAACAAAAUCAUAGAAAAUCAUCGUUUAACUGUACAUAUAGAGGGAAAAGGCGACAAAUGCAAGCAAAUCAAAACUCAUCUUUUCUUUUUUCACUGGCAAAAACUAAGCAGCCGUGUUGCAUCUGGCUUUGUUAUGUGGAGGACAGUGGACUAAAACACAGAUCUUCAACACACACACACACACACACACAAGCAUUAACACACACACAUUAACAGUAUUUGUUAUUUGCUUUUCUGGUAUGAACUACUGAUCAAAGUGAAUGAAUUCCUUCAUCAGCUACUGCAAAAGUACUACAUUAAUAAUGUGUUGAACAUCAUCAUGAUUAUUAUUAUUAUAAUUAUUGUUAUUAUUAUUAUUUAUUAUUAAUAUUACUAUUAUUAUUAAUAUUAUUAUUAUUCAUCUUAUAAGUCGCACUACAUGUAUGGAAGCAACUUGAUGUUGGUAUGAAAUCAAUAAAGCUCGAG